GAUCUAAUAAUCACACCAGCCACCAUUUUAAAGGAAAAACCAGACCCCAGCACUCUGGUUUUUGGAACUGUUUUCACGGAUCACAUGUUGACGGUGGAGUGGUCCUCAGAGUUUGGAUGGGAGAAACCGUGUAUCAGGCCUCUUCAAAACCUGUCAUUGCACCCUGGCUCAUCAGCUUUCCACUACGCAGUGGAAUUGUUUGAGGGAUUGAAGGCAUUUCGAGGAGUAGAUAAUAAGAUUCGACUGUUUCGGCCAAACCUCAACAUGGAUAGAAUGCACCGAUCUGCUGUGAGGGCCACUUUGCCGGUAUUUGACAAGGAAGAGCUUUUAGAGUGUAUUGAACAGCUUGUGAAACUGGAUCAAGAGUGGGUCCCCUAUUCAACAUCUGCUAGUCUGUAUAUUCGUCCUACAUUCAUCGGAACUGAGCCUUCUCUUGGAGUCAAGAAGCCUACCAAAGCCCUGCUCUUUGUAAUCUUGAGCCCAGUGGGACCUUAUUUUUCAAGUGGAACCUUUAAGCCAGUGUCCCUGUGGGCCAAUCCAAAGUACGUGAGAGCCUGGAAAGGUGGGACUGGGGACUGCAAGAUGGGAGGGAAUUACGGCUCAUCACUUUUUGCCCAAUGCGAAGCAGCAGACCACGGCUGUCAGCAGGUUCUGUGGCUCUAUGGAGAGGAUAAUCAGAUAACCGAAGUUGGAACUAUGAAUCUUUUUCUUUACUGGAUAAAUGAAGAUGGAGAAGAAGAGCUGGCAACUCCUCCGCUAGAUGGCAUCAUUCUUCCAGGAGUGACAAGGCAGAGCAUCCUGGACCUGGCACACAAGUGGGGUGAAUUUAAGGUGUCGGAGAGGUACCUCACCAUGUAUGACUUGACAACAGCCCUUGAGGGGAACCGGGUGAGGGAGAUGUUUGGCUCUGGUACAGCCUGCGUUGUUUGCCCAGUUUCUGAUAUACUGUACAAGGGUGAGACUAUACACAUCCCAACUAUGGAGAAUGGUCCGAAGCUUGCAAGUCGGAUCUUGGACAAAUUGACUGAUAUUCAGGUAGUAAAGUAUAAUGGUAGUAACACUGAAAAUUAAUGAUACAUUCAGAGCUCCCUAGGAACAAGGCAACAAAGGGCUAGUCACAGG